AUGGACCCGGAGCGCUGCGCGCCUUUCGGCGUGGGGCCGGGGCCCGGCUCCUACGCUGCCACGGGGGACGAACCUCCAGGCCCCCAGGGGACCCCGACCGCCACGCCUCACCUGCACCCCGCGCCGCCCCACGGCCCACGGUUGACCCGCUUUCUGGCCUGCGGGCCCCUGGAGCCCUACCUCCCAGAGCCGGCCAAGCCGCCAGCGAAGUACCUGCAGGACCUCGGGCCUGGCCCGGCCCUCAACGGCUGCCACUUCUACGAGGGCCCCGCGGAAGCUGAAGAGAAGGCCUCCAAAGCCUCCAGCUUCCCCCAGCUGCCCCUGGACUGCCAAGGAGGCUCCAGGGACAGGCCCUCUAACUUGCAAGGCUCCUCGGGUCCCUGCCUGGCCAGCCUGCGUGUCCCUCUGUCCCCUGGACUCCCCGGGUCCAUGGAGUUGGCCAAGAACAAGAGCAAGAAGCGCCGUAACCGCACCACCUUCAGCACCUUCCAGCUGGAGGAGCUGGAAAAGGUCUUCCAGAAAACCCACUACCCUGAUGUGUAUGCCCGGGAGCAGCUGGCUGUGCGCACGGACCUGACGGAGGCCCGGGUACAGGUCUGGUUCCAGAACCGCAGAGCCAAGUGGAGGAAGCGCGAGCGUUACGGGAAGAUCCAGGAGGGGAGGAACCCCUUCACGGCUGCCUAUGACAUCUCUGUGCUGCCCCGCACCAACAGCCACCCCCAGCUGCAGAACUCCCUGUGGGCCAGCCCAGGGUCAGGGAGCCCUGGGGGCCCCUGCCUGGUGUCCCCAGAGGGCAUCCCCUCCCCGUCCAUGUCCCCUUACUCCCACUCCCAUGGGAACGUGGCUGGCUUCAUGGGGGUGCCAGCCUCCCCUGGAGCCCACCCUGGCAUCUACUCUAUCCACGGCUUUUCCCCCACCCUGGGGGGCCACAGCUUUGAGCCCUCCCCGGACGGCAACUACAAGUCUCCAGGCCUCGUCUCGCUCAGGGUGAAGCCCAAGGAGCCGCCCAGCUUGCUGAACUGGACCACGUGAUCAGCCAUGUGAUAUGCAGACUGAGCUGCUCACCCCCUUUUCUGUUCCCAGCUGCUCCACUCUGCCCCUGCCUGGACCCCAGAGAGGAUACACCUCUGCCUCCAAGCCCACUUGGCUCCUGGAGGCCUGGGCAGAGCAGCUGGGAUCCUCAGCUCCAGGAUUCUUUCUCUUAGAAUAAGGUGGGACUGCCCAGGGCAAAGCCAGCUUCAAAGCAGGUGCCCAGGCCUCUUCUUACCACAAACUGGGUUCCCUCGCCCAAAAAGGCCCGGAGGGAAGAAGACACUACCCUGCUUCCUCCAGACUUUGUCCAAGUCUGUAUCUGUCCGACUGAAGUGGCUUAAUUGGCUCCUCAUUCAGGGAACCCCUUCAGAAAUGAGGAGGGGGCUGCAGAUUGAACUGGGGGGAACUCCUUGAGAAGUCCAGAAAACCAAAAGAAGAAUCUUGUUUGACCACCUAAGGCCAGCCUUGCCUCCCCUUCCCAUCACCAGGGGCGUGCACCCAGUGUCCUGGUGCUGACAAAGGCCUGGAAGCUGAGAGGUCAGUGUAAACGAGGCCCCCGUCUCCCCAACUCCAGCCAUACCUGACUCCUGCUCCGCGUCCCCUUCCCCUUCCAAAGGGGCAGAAAUUCCGCCAGCAACCACUGAAUUGUGGAUUCUUUUCCAUGGGAUCAAGCCAGAGCUGUACCAUGAAACCACAGGAUGCCUUGGUCUCUGGAUGUUGGUGAGAGUAAAACAGAUUUCCACAGAUUCGGAGCCCCUGAGAUCCCAACCCAGACUUUUGUAAAGAUACUUUUGUAAAAAACAUGCUGCCUAGCGUAACAAUAAAGGUGGUGGAAUUUUUUUUAUCCCAGG